AUGAGGCAAUGGCUAUUUCCACAAAAAUAUUAUCAUCAAAGCAAAUGCAAACAUUGUCGAAAUAAAAGUUUUUGUAAAAGACAUGGAAAUAUUCGUUUAGUUCACAGAGAUGUGUUAGACCCUUGCAUGUGGAUUAAUCGACAUAUUGAGAAUCAUUAUAAACCUUUAGAAUUACCCUGGACUUUGUGUUUAAAAAGUAUUUUCCACUGGAACAAUGAAACUUUAAACAUAUGGACACAUUUAAUUGGAUUUUUUAUUUUAACUUAUCUCCAAUAUUGGACUUUAUUGGAGGCAUUGCCAAGUGUUCAAGCUCCCAUAAUUGAUUAUCUAGUUAUGACUAUGGCAAUGCUUUGUUGCCAACUUUGUAUGUUGCUCUCUUCUGCUUACCAUAUUUUUGGUUGUCACUCUCCCACACGUCGAAAACAAUGGCUUAAAGCUGAUCUUUUUGGAGUUUCUGCUGCUUUAGUUGGUUUAUAUAUGUCUGGAUUGUAUACUUCUUUUUACAAUUUCCCUGAAAUUCGGCGUUUUUAUGGAACUUUAAUUGGAGCAAUGUCUAUAACAACAUCUUUAUUUGCAACUAGUCGAUUUUCUGAAAGAAAUACACAAAAAAGAAUUGGGUUAUUAGAAUUACUUUAUUUGUCAAUGGCUUUAAUAGCUAUGGCGCCAACUUUGCAUUGGAUACAGGCAAAUUAUAAAUAUUUUGAAAAAAUGUUUAUGAUAUUCGGAUAUACCGAUAUACUGAUAUAA